AUGCAGGUCCCCAGCCCCAGCGCGCGCGAGGCAGCCUCCAUGUACGCCACCGCGGUGGCCGUCUUCCUGGUCAUCCUGGUGGCCGCGCUGCAGGGCUCUGCACCCCCCGAGAGCCCCUUCCCCUACAGCAUCCCCCUGGACCCGGAGGGGGCCCUGCGGCUCUCCUGGAACGUCAGCUACCUCCAGGAGACCGUCCACUUCCAGUUGCUGGUGCGGGGCCUCAAGGCCGGGGUGCUGUUCGGGAUGUCGGACCGCGGCGAGCUGGAAAACGCCGACCUGGUCGUGCUCUGGACUGACGGGGACAGCGCUUACUUUGCGGACGCCUGGACCGACGGGAAGGGUCACGUCCACCUGGACUCCCAGCAGGACUACCAGCUGCUGCAGGCGCAGCGCACCCCCGAGGGCCUGGCCCUGCUCUUCCGGAGGCCCUUCAGCACCUGCGACCCCAAGGACUACGUCAUCGAGGACGGCACCGUGCACCUGGUCUACGGCAUCCUGGAGGAGCCCUUCCGCUCGCUGGAGGCCAUCGACACGGCGCGCCUGCGCACCGGGCUGCAGCGGGUGCAGCUGCUCAAGCCCGACAUCGCCACCCCCACGCUGCCCCCCGAGCUGCACACCAUGGAGAUCCGCGCCCCGGACGUCCUCGUCCCGGCCCAGGAGACCACGUACUGGUGCUACGUUGCCGAGCUCCCGCCCGGCUUCCCCCGGCACCACAUCGUCAUGUACGAGCCCAUCGUCACCGCGGGCAAUGAGGCCCUGGUCCACCACAUGGAGGUCUUCCAGUGCGCCCCCCAGUUUGAGAGCGUCCCCCACUUCAGCGGGCCCUGCGACUCCAAGAUGAAGCCCGACCGGCUCAACUACUGCCGCCACGUGCUGGCCGCCUGGGCCCUGGGCGCCAAGGCGUUCUACUACCCGGAGGAAGCUGGCCUGGCUUUCGGGGGCGCCGGGUCCUCCAGGUUCCUCCGCCUGGAAGUUCACUACCACAACCCCCUGGAGAUCCAAGGCCGGCGCGACUCCUCCGGCAUCCGCCUCUACUACACCAGCCAGCUGCGGCGCUUCGACGCGGGCAUCAUGGAGCUGGGGCUGGUGUACACGCCCGUGAUGGCCAUCCCCCCGCAGGAGGACGCCUUCGUGCUGUCUGGCUACUGCUCGGACAAGUGCACCCAGCUGGCCCUGCCUCCCUCGGGCAUCCACAUCUUCGCCUCCCAGCUCCACACUCACCUGACGGGCAGGAAGGUGGUGACGGUGCUGGCCCGGGCCGGCCGGGAGGUGGAGAUCGUGAACAGGGACGACCACUACAGCCCCCACUUCCAGGAGAUCCGCAUGCUGAAGAAGGUCGUGUCUGUCUACCCGGGCGACGUGCUCAUCACUUCCUGCACCUAUAACACGGGGGACCGGAAGCUGGCCACGGUGGGGGGCUUUGGGAUCCUGGAGGAGAUGUGCGUCAACUACGUGCACUACUACCCCCAGACGCAGCUGGAGCUCUGCAAGAGCGCCGUGGACGCCGGCUACCUGCAGAAGUAUUUCCACAUGGUCAACAGGUUCAACAGCGAGGAGGUCUGCACCUGCCCCCAGGCCUCCGUGCCGGAGCAGUUCGCGGCGGUGCCCUGGAACUCCUUCAGCCGCGCCACGCUGCAGGCCCUGUACGGCUUCGCCCCCAUCUCCAUGCACUGCAACAAGUCCUCGGCCGUCCGCUUCCAGGGCGAGUGGGACCUGCAGCCCCUGCCCAAGAUCCUCUCCAAGCUGCAAGAGCCCGCCCCCCGGUGCCCAGCUGGCCGGGGUCAGAGCCCCGCGGGCCCCACCGUGGUCAGCAUUGGCGGCAGCAAGGGUUGAGUGGGGGGCUGUCUCCUCCCUCCCCCCCAUUACAUCCCUGUGGGCUCACGCUGGCUC